GUUUAUGAUUGAUCUAUGUUCAAUUUAAGCUGGGCUCAGUUUGAUACUGUAAGGCGCGGGCCCUAUAGUGCAUGAGGAUUAAUGGCCGAAACAGAAAAUAUCUUGUCGUGGAAGAUCAUCAACUCCCUCGAGUGUCAAGUCUGCCCAAAAAGCCUAAGCACAGUUCUCAUUCCAUCUGGUUUUCUCCCGCCGUUUCGAAGUCGUAGCAGUUUUUCGAAUGGCGUCAUCAGCACCGCCUGGCUCAGCCACGGCCGGGCAAGACCCUAGAAAGGCGGUAGGUCUUAUAGCUAACGCAAUGAAGCGGAAAGAUAGUUUCAUUCAAUUUUUCGCAAUGACCGGAAUAUUACUUUUGAGUGUGAGAUCGUUAGGUCAAAAAUACCGUAUCCAUGACCUUGAGGAAGACAUGUCAGCUCUUAAAGAAGAGCAGCAAACUCUAACAACUCGAUUGAGCAAUAUCAAGCAAGGUCUACUCCACGAAGCCUCUCUUGAUACUACUGGCCUCUUUGCUUCUCGCCUUCGCCAUCUAUUUGGCGACGAAAAUUGAAAUUAAAGGCGUUACCAGUUGUUCUUGAGUAGAUUCAUUAUUAUUAUUAAAUGGACAACAAGUACACUGUUCACAAUUAUAUUGCACAUGGGAAUGGUGAUGGUGUGGUUGGAUACAAAUGACAUUAACUUCGGUAGGCAGAUGACACGAUUUCGAAUUUAUACAAGUGCGUAUGGCUGCCCAUGGGAUUGGGGCCUCUUUAGUGGAAGUCAAUUGCUACUGAAGGGAGGAAAAAGAAAAGAGCAUGAAUGGCUUUGUGGAGUGUAAUUUACUAUGAGCUGAUUCUUUUAUCUCGUUUGUUUGGGACGUAUGCUACUCUGGAUUUACAAAGUAUUGUAUAAACAUGACAAUUGUUAAAGACUUCAAGAAAAACAAACAUGCCAAUUGUGCAGUGUCUAGUCUAUAGGAUUCAGCAUGACUUCCCCACUCAUUGCGGCCAAUGGUCCUACGCUUGCCCCUCCGCUGGCUCCGAGGCUGCUUCCUGAACAAACAAUUAGACAACGCGUAAAUACAAGUGGGAUGCUAUAUUAGUGACCGAACUAAUCAUGUAAUUGCGAUAGCAAUGAUGAGCAUGUGCAAUAAUAAUGCCAUUAUUCUUUAUCAUAAUUGUUUGCAAGCCCUCAUCUGCAUUUUCCUGUACAUUCAUUGAACAUUUUUAUUUAUAGGCUUUUCCUUUUAUUAAAAAAUAAAAUAAAAAAUCCAUGGAGGAAAUGUUCACGUU